GGAAAAGAAUAUGAAGAAUCGGAACCGAAAAACUAGCACAGCCACUACUUCCUCACACUGGUGAUUGAGAGAGCAGAGCGAAAAUGACAACCUCCAUGACGACCGUCGCAGGAUUGGGUGGCGCAACACUGGGCUCCGCCGCAUCUCGUCUGACCUCCGGGUUCGUGAGAGCUCCUGUGAGUGCUAGGAAUCCCUUGAGACAAGGUGUGGCAAUGGGAAAUGGUGGGAGGGUGACAUGCUUUGAGAGGAAUUGGCUGCGGACCGAUUACAGUGUGAUCGGGUUCGGGUUGAUCGGAUGGCUAGCACCUUCCAGCAUACCGGCUAUCAACGGUAAAAGUCUGACUGGCCUCUUCUUCGACAGCAUUGGAGCUGAGCUUGCUCACUUCCCCACUCCACCUGCUCUUACUUCCGAGUUCUGGUUAUGGCUGGUUACAUGGCACCUUGGGUUGUUCCUGUGUCUCACUUUUGGGCAAAUUGGUUUCAAGGGAAGGACUGAAGACUACUUUUGAAUUCCAAACCUAUGGUCUGUUUUUACUUUCUUUUUGUUUUUCCUUUUGUGCCUUGCAAUUGCAAUCUAUGCUGUAUAACUCUAUAUGCUACCUUUUACCUUAGAAAUCUGUGUAAUAUUCAUAAUGUUGUAUAUUAUUAUUGCUGUUGUACUUUCUGCUUCCUCA